UACAUUUCGUUCGUCUAAGAUGCCUUGCGGGAAGCGUCCCAUCAUUAAAUCUUGGGACAGGCCGAGACAUAUUAGAGUUAUAACUCCGUCUCGCUACGAACAAAAUGAAGCUUCCGUCAAAGUGCACUGGAAGAAUGUUAUCAAGGAGUUGGAGCUAUCCUACAAAGAUGAACAGUUCUGGGAAACAAACAGUGAAACUGUUCGUGAAUUGGUAGGACCGGUAAUCUUUCAACGUAUUGCGAAGAUAUUUCAAUUGGGCGAGGAUGAGGUGGAAUAUGAACCUCAAAGUGAGCCCUCUACCGUCGUCCCAUCGGAGCAGUUUUAUUUGUCUAAAUUUGCAUCAUCACAGCCUCAGUUUUCGAUUAUGAGCGAAUACGAGCCCUCCUUGACAGAAGAACAGACUCACGAUGAGCAAACAGCUGAGACCUGGUCUGAGUCCUCCGGCAACGCGAGUGAAGACAAAGUCAAGACGUUACCAUCGGCUAGAUCAUUAAACGUAUCAAAAUCUUUAUCUAAAAUGUUAUCUAAAACAUUCUCCAGAUUUCUUUCAAAAGCUUUGUCCAAAUCACAUUCCGGUAAAUUAAGGAGUGUAAAUCAAUCUGAAACCUUUGACACGUUGGAAAAAUUAGAAAAAGAAGACUCUGAAGCUGAAACCGAUGAUGACUUAGCUGUUAAACAAGGCAGCGCACAGACGCAUAGGAAACGUCAUCGUUUUAAAAAUCCUUAUUACGAGAUGCUUUACUGCAACGAAUCCGAGACUGACAUGAUCAAGUGGAAGUCCAAAUACAAACAAAAGACCUUCGAAGUGUCCGCCUCCGAUGAAUUCAGCAAGAGAGCAGAAAUUAGAACAAAACAAAUCUCGAAUGACUUCUUCAAUUGGUGGGUUGGUUUGGGUAACGUUGAAUUCAAGAGUGAAAUCAAGAGACCCGAGGAUAUCGAAGCCUUGUUUCAGGUAUGGUUUGACGAGCAUGCUUCUCGUGGCCUGGUUCUCGACCCCAAAAUCAUACCGUGCGUUCUCAAGACCAUUGCUACCCAUACUGGCGUACACAAGGCAUCAUGCUUGAAGGCUCUGAGGAGACAGAUAGCAUUCGAUAUCAAAGCGGAGACCAGUCCAGCACAUUUGAUGGCGUUCGGCUCCAGCUUGCCGCACAAACUGAAGCAUGUGCCGCCGCAGAACAACACUGGCAACCUAUGGCACGGAGUCAAGAUACCUGAGGACCUUCGCAGCAUGGCUUGCGUCUGGGAGGACAUACAGCAUCUAACGGCAACGAAAGCGUUCCAGCAGUGGUUAGUGAAGCACCCUCAACUGGCAAUGCCUCCGUUCCUCAAAGAGCUGCACGCACCAGGCGGGGACAAGAAGCAGCCCUUCAUAGUCCCUUCAGACUUCGUGAUAAAGGGCCAGGGACAGGACAAGGCCAUUAUGCCUUCCACGCAGGACCUCGCUCUCCCCGUCUCGGAUUUCUCCAUAGAGCUGAAGGCGGUGCUCAGCAAACUGAUGAACCAGUGAACGAUUUGUUUCAGCACUAUUACUUCCUACUUCUUAAC